AUGGGACAGACGGACACAUGCCCACGCAUUUUGGAGUGUUGCCACGACAUCGAUGCCUCUGUGAGUGCUGCUGCGCUGCGCUGCGCCUGCGACUUGGCCAAGGCUGAGGUCCUCAAGGAGACGAAUUACGAAGACGAAUUCCCCGAAGACGAAUUGCCCCCCGAAGACGAUUCCGAAGACGAAUUCGAAGACGAAUUCCCCGAAGACGAAUUGCCCCCGAAGACGAAUCCCCCCCCGAAGACGAAUUGCGAAGACGAAUUCCCCGAAGACGAAUUGCCCCCCGAAGACGAAUUCCCCCCCGAAGACGAAUUGCGAAGACGAAUUCCCCGAAGACGAAUCCCCGAAGACGAAUUCCCCCCGAAGACGAAUUGCGAAGACGAAUUCCCGAAGACGAAUAACCAAAGGGAAGAAUUCCCCCCGAGAAAGGACGAAUUGCGAAAGACGAAUUCCGAAGACGAAUUCCCCGAAGACGAAUUGCCCCCCGAAGACGAAUUCCCACCCGAAGACGAAUUGCGAAGACGAAUUCCCCGAAGACGAAUUGCCCCCGAAGACGAAUUCCCCGAAGACGAAUUGCCCCCCGAAGACGAAUUCCCCCCCGAAGACGAAUUGCCCCCGAAGACGAAUUCCCCGAAGACGAAUUGCCCCCCGAAGACGAAUUCCCCCCCCGAAGACGAAUUGCGAAGACGAAUUCCCCGAAGACGAAUUGCCCCCCGAAGACGAAUUCCCCCCCGAAGACGAAUUGCGAAGACGAAUUCCCCGAAGACGAAUCCCCGAAGACGAAUUCGCCCCCGAAGACGAAUUGCGAAGACGAAUUCCCCGAAGACGAAUUCCCCGAAGACGAAUCCCCCCCGAAGACGGAUUCCGAAGACGAAUUCCCCGAAGACGAAUUGCCCCCCGGAGACGAAUUGCGAAGACGAAUUCCUCGAAGACGAAUUGCCCCCCGAAGACGAAUCUCCCCCGAAGACGAAUUCCGAAGACGAAUUCCCCGAAGACGAAUUGCCCCCGAAGACGAAUUUCCCCCCGAAGACGAAUUCACCGAAGACGAAGUGCGCUCCGAAGGCGAAUUCCCCCCGAAAGAAGAGAACGGAUCCACAUUUGCGAGGUACCCAUGCCAGGCCCAUGCCAGACACCUUGCUGGCCACAUCUCAGCGACUUCGCAUCCUUGCGAAGGCUUAUGAUGUUUCUUUGUGUGAUGUGGAAGGCUUUGUGUCAACCGCUUUGAGCGUGGUUGAUGAGUGUGUCCAAACAGGGACAGUGGAACCAGAGCUGACGGUCACUCUGCUGGAACUCCUGGCCCUGAUCUCUGUCCGCCACGCCGGCCAGCUGAUGCAGCCCUUGCCAGCAGUGGCAGCAGACGUUCGGGACGAGCGUCAGCUGCAGCAGCUCGGCGCAGGCGAGCACAGCAGCCGAAGAUCUAUUGGAACUUGCCACUUGGCGGGGCAGUUGAACCUUGAGCUGGACCUUGUUGUUGAUCUCUUGCACUUUUUGCACUUUUUACAAGGGAAGGUUUUCAAAAUUCAGCUCUUAGCCACGCGUUUUAUUUGUUGGAUGUCUCUCCACAAGUUGAUCAUUCUUCAAUUUUCCAAAACAGACAUGCUCUGUAUCUGUGGUGUGGUUGAAACCUUUUCUUUUUUGUGGGGUUGUCAUGAAUGCGGACUUCGUCGACUGAAGAGCGCUGCCUUUGGGGUUGCCCUGUGCACCUUGAGCGCCUGGUGGAACGCCGCCCACUUUGGAAAGACCGAAGAGGUGAAGCCUUGGUUCUGCCAGCUGCCAGAUGCUCUUCAGGAUGCUUUGGCGAAUCACUUGGGGAAGUUGUUAGAGGAGGACUUGAUGUACCUGAGUUCUGCCGAGGGCUUUUUCACAACCUUGCUUGCAGCUGUGAAGUUCUUGCACAAGGAUAGUGAUAUGAAUGUGAGACUCCUUAGGCUGACACCUCCGUUGCAAAAAGCGCUCCUCAACACCCUGCGCCGUGGUGUGGUGAACGCUGCUGCUGGUAGCGCCGCUGGCUUCUUGGAGGCCUUGACUCCGUGGAUCACGAAGCAUGUGGUAGAAGACGUUUUGAUCGACAACCUGGCAUCAUGGGCAAAGGAGCAGUCCAAUCAGGCACUGCAGGAGGCUGGGCUGGAGAAGCUCUUGGAGGCAUGCAAGAAUACUGUGAAGAAACUUGAUCCUGAAUCGCCAGAGAAGCCAAGCAACUGGAAGCAAUUGUGGGCAUUGGGAAUUCUUUGGAGAACCUCUAGGCUUCGAAACUUAUUUGUGUUGUGCAUCAAACUCAUAGCUUCUAGCUCAAUUUUGGGAACCUGA